UCUCCAGUAGCGGCGAAGCUAUUGUCUACUUGUCCCAGUGCCGCCAACCCCCGCUCCCACCUCCCUUCUCGCGUCUCCACCCCGGGAAUCCUUUUUGUCGGGCAGCACUAAGAUGGCGGCGCAUUUAACCGGUGAUCGGGACUCUGAAGUUGCACACUAAAGUUUCCAAUGCAGAAGGGAGGUGCCCAUCGCAGUCAUUCUUCACCAAUGUUCAAGCAGUACAGCCACAAAAUUCGACCAUCUGCAAUGGCAUAUGAAGAAAUUAAGAAAAAAGGAGACAGCAUUGUGUUGGAGAGUGGGAUUGAGGAAGUGGGCUUAGUUGCAGGCCGUAGUCAGAGAGAAAAAAAACGUUCCUAUAAAGAUCUCCUCCGAGAAGAGGAGGAAAUUGCUGCUCAAGUGAGAAAAUCCUCAAAGAAACGCAAGGACAGUGAGUUUUAUUUGUUACCCGGAGAAUCGCAUAAGAAAAAGAAGAAGUAUUAUGAUGAAGAAUAUCAUUAUGGAGAGCUCUCUCCAUUACACUCACUGAAAAAGAAGAAAAAAGUGGAAUCCUCCUCAUCUUCUUCACACACUGAUACAGCAAUGGGUCUCCUGAAGGCCAUAACUUCUCCCCUGGCUACAGGAUCAAAACCAAGCAGCCAUUCCAAAAAAACAGCUUUUUCUCCCUAUAGCCACAACUCUUUCUCGAUGUAUUCUGGUAGUGGCAGUGGUAUUAAGGAGCGUCGGAAAUCUGGGGAUGAUUUGGUACAUCACAAAUCCUUAAAGAAGUCAUCUUCUAAAGGAACAGGACUGUAUGUGAAUACAAAUCUUUCAGAACCCCUGACUCUGCGGGAUGCAGAAGGACUGAAGAUGAAACUUAUUCUUUCUCCAAAAGACGAAGGAGGGGACAGUGACAAUUUUACUUACCCAGCCUCACAUAGCACCCCUAUGCAUACCUCCAGUCAUUCAAAGAAAUCUUCAAAGAAACUCAGCCGUGACCAUGGAAGUGGAGGCACAGUAGUGUUAAGUAAGACUAUUCGUAAAAAACAUCCCAAAGAACCGUUGCCUAUUGUAGGUCAAGAAGUGGAAGUUGAAGGGAGGUUUGAACCAGAAUUCUAUGGAGAUGUAUCUGGGUUUGAUCUCUCUGGUGUAUCUGGUGGAUCUUUAGAAGGGUUUGGAGACACCGGAUCUUCCUCAGGUGGAGAGCUGGAGGCCGGAGAACUUAUCAUUGAUGAUUCAUACAGAGAGGUGCAGAAAAAGAAAAAGAAAUCAAAAAAGAGUAAAAAAAAGAAAGAUAAAGAAAAAGAAAAACAUAAAAGUGAGAAGAAACAUAGCAAACUCGGGAAGAAAACUAGCAGUGGUAGUAAUGUUCAACCGGUGACAUCUCCAGGUUCUACUAUAGCUCAUUCUUCUAAUGAAGCUACACAUGGAUAUAGUCAUUCAGUUUCCAAGUCCAGUCAUGGAGCCUCCGGUACAUCGGGAACUGGUGUUUUUGCAGGUUCUGCAUCCACAUCUACAUCAAGCACAGGAGCUUUUGUGGUUAAUCCACCUCCUAUUAUUCACCAUCAUCAUCAUCAUCAUUCCACAGAAUCAUCAGCUGAAAAGAAGAAAAAGAAAGAUAAAGAGGACAGGGAAAAAGACAAAUCAGAGAAGGAGAAGCCUAAAAAGAAGAACAUGACAGCCUAUCAAGUGUUUUGCAAAGAGUACAGAAUCAAUAUUAAUGCUGAACACCCUGGCCUUGUCUUUGGCGAGUUAAGCAAAAAGUUGGCUGAAGUCUGGAAACAUCUCCCUGAAAAAGACAAACUGGUUUGGAAGCAAAAGGCACAGUAUCUGCAGCACAAACAGAACAAAGCAGAAGCCAUGACAGUCAAGAGAAAGAGUUCAGUAUCUGAUGGAGGAACUCCAAAAAAUAAAGUUCCUUCACCUCGUGUAACCUCACCAUGUAGGAAGUCCCCUACAGGAAGUGUGUCCAUGUCUAUGUCACCAGCCCGUGUUCCAGAUGUCGACCCAAUAGACGUAGCAGCACACCUACAAUUGCUUGGUGAAUCUCUAAGCCUCAUUGGACAUCGUUUGCAAGAAACUGAGGGCAUGGUUGCAGUAUCUGGUAGCCUUUCUGUUUUACUUGACUCAAUUCUUUGUGCUCUUGGACCUCUGGCCUGCCUGACAGCUCAAGUUCCUGAACUGAAUGGAUGUCCUAGACCAGUACUAUCAAAUACCUUGGACAACAUUGCAUACAUCAUGCCAGGCCUCUGACAGCAGUGACGGCUUGGAGGACAACAUACCUUCAGCUUUUGUGUAGAUAAUAGAAAAAAGAAAUCUAUUUUAUAUUUUUAAAUUUUCUUUAAAAUGUGACACAACUGUUUUAUUGGAGAACAAAAAACUUUUUUUUUAUAUGUUGACAGCAUAUGUGUUUUUUUAAAAAGGACUUUUUUCUCUGAAAACUUUAUACAUUUUAAUAAGCUGUCAAUGAUGGGGAGUUUAAAGUGCCAAGAAUAAUGAGGAAUGGAUGAGGACCAUUGGGAGCUGAGGUCACCGGGACAGACCAGAGGAUGGCAGUGGUGUUGUUCUUGUUUAUGUAUCAGUACUCACAAAUUAUGUGGUCUUUUCAAAUAAUGAGUUACAUGGCUGAUCAACGACAACUGUCUGUGUUUAAACUGUCUGCAAAGAAGACAAAUGUUGAUGACAACGUUUCAUAUGAGAUUUCAGGAAUAUUUUGACUUUCCUCAUCUGUUCAGCAUUGUAAGUUUCAACUUGUUUCUUAUUUUGUUUUAAAAUGUUUUUUAAAAAAAUUAAAUAAAACAAACACUUACAUUA